AUGAGCGACGGCCCUCCCUCGACGCCGCCGCGCAAGACGGUCGUGCAGCGCACAAACGCCCACCUGCACAAGCGCACCUCGUCCAAGAUCACCCUCCUCCUCUCGCCGCCGACCCCUCCUCAUGGCACCGCCGCGUCGUCCACCUCGUACCGCAUCAUCCCCGAGUCGCCGAGCAGCUCGCGCGUCAUGUCGCCGCCGUCCAAGCGUCGUGCGGCGAUCCAGCCGCUCGCGUGGGGACCGGACGCGGUGAGCGCAAAGUGCGCGAGCGGAUUCUGGACGAGGCGGCGGGUCCUCGUCCUCGUCGGCAUGGCGCUCGUCGUGCUCGUCGUUGCGAGGCGGCCAUCGGUGUCGACGGCGAGCUGGCGGCGGCGAGGCGCAGGUGCGGGUGGCGACGAGCAGGCAACGUACGGGCGCAGCAACGUCGAGCCGGCCGCUCGCAAGGUCGAGCACGUCGCGCCCGAGCCCGUCAAGUACUACCCUGCGCCGCCACCGCCACAUGCCCCCGGCGCAGCUCCCGUCGCACGAGUGCGGCCGCACAAGGGCCCUGUCGCGAGGCCGGCGAGGCGGCCAGAGCCGCACGACCUCGAGGUCACGUCGGCGACCGACCCGGACACGGCGAGGCGCUACCUCCUCGUCGGCUGGAUGGGCGAGCAAGAGACCAAGGCGCAGCAACACCUGUACCAGCUCGGCCUCCUGUCGCUCGCCCUCAACCGCACGCUCGUCCUCCCGACCGUCAAGCGCUCGCGGUUCGGCACCUGUUUCGACGGCCCGUUCUCGCUCUACUACGCCGAGGACACGCUCGCCAAGUUUGGCUUCCCGUCCAUCACGUCGGACGACUUUUGGGCGUGGACCGACCGCCAGCGGUCGGCGCCGUCGGCCCAGAUCGUCAGCCUCGUGCGCGGGUCGGUCGACGUGCACGACGAGUCCGGGCACCCGCUCGAGCACAUGUGCCUCUCGGAGCGCAACCUCGACUUUGGCGACCACGAACCGCUCACGUUCUACAACGAGGGCAAGUCGGCGGCGUCGCGAGCCGACUUUGGCGUAGACCUCGUCCAGCGCCUCCUCGAGCAAGAGCCGGCCCCCGACGACCCCGACCGCCACGCCAAGACGCCGUCCGUCCUCGUCGCCGACGUCCACCUGCGCUACCCGUUCCUCACCCCGUCGCUCGUCGCCAACCUGUCGCCGUUCGACUUUGCCCGCCCGGCGCCCUACUCGUACUUCCCGUACUCGCCGCACUGGACCGCCCUCGGCGAGCGCAUCGCGUCGUCGCUCUCGCCCUUCAUCGCCGUGCACUGGCGCACCGAGACGCUCGCCGUCGAGACGCUCGCGCCGUGCGGCGACGCCCUCGUCGGCGCGCUCGAGGCCCUCGCGCGCGACCACCCCGAGCUCGGGACCGUCUACCUCGCGACCGACUACCCGCUCGAGGUGGCGCGCAGCACGGACGGCGCCGCGCUCGAGCGCGCGACGGCCCACAGCGGCACCAUGACCAAGACGCUCACGCCGGCGCACCAUGCCGCCAUGCGGCGCUUUGUCGCCAAGAUGGACGCGAGCCCGCUCCGCGUCACGACGUUCCUCGACGAGCAGGCGCACGUCGAGCUCCCCGACGAGCUGCAAAAGAUGGUUGGCUCGGGCGGGCUCCAGGACCUCGACGGCGCCAUCGUCGGCAUCGUCGACAAGAUUGUCCUCAUGCAGGCCGAGGUCUUCUACGCCGGGUUGCCAGUGUCCGAGUCGCCGCAAGGGUGCGCCAAGGCGAGCAGCUUCACGACCCAGAUCACGAACGGGCGGCACGACCUGCGCGAGGGCCAGGGCGCGAUCGGCUCGAGGCUGCGGGGCGACGUCGAGCAUUUCGCGCUGCCGGGCGGGAGGAUGGCGCGCAAGGGCGGAAGAGGGAAGAGGCACAGCUAGACGAUCCGAGACGCUUGAGAUAGACAUUGCUGCA